CAGAUGCACGUGUUAGUGGGAUGGGGAGGGAGGCGUGCAUGCGUGCGUGUGUGUGUGUGUACUGUAUAUAUAUACCACCGUGACAGAGACACUGUGGAAGAGUCACAUAUCAGAGGAAGACUUGCUACUGACAACACACCCUCAGCUCUCACGACACGACUGCCACCAUGAGGGCUCUGCUGCGGGAUCUCUUGCUGCUCUGCUUGCUCGCCCACGUGCUUGGGGACUGCCAGCGGGACUGCCUGGCCUGCAGCCGGCUCGUCUACAACCAGCCGGACAGCUUCAAUGUUCUCGUCUGCAUCGUGGAGUGCGAAGGGAAGGUCUUCUCCAGCGGCACCUGGGAGCUUUGCAGCAAGGUGGCCGGGAAGGCCACGCUACAGCUCAGCGCGGACAGCCUGGAGGAAGACGUUUACCAGCCCCUGGACGCGGAGGACGGCGACCUGUUUGGAGGAGGCCUGAAGCGCUACAACGACCUUACCAAAGUGGUGGAUCUUAGCAAAGUGGAAGACGAGAAGCGAGUGUCCAAGGUGAGCGGCUUGAUCCGCCAGCGGGAAGCAGAAGACGGUGCCAGUGACGGGAGCGAGACCCAAGUGGGGGACUUCCCAGAGCAGCCCAAGGACAUUUCCAAGAGGCUCGGUGACUUCCUGAACGGAAAGUACAGUUACCGGCAGGUGCUGGAGCCCGCCGUGAGCGGGGUGCAGAAACGAUACGGGGGCUUCAUCGGGGUCAGGAAGUCAGCCCGGAAGUGGAACAACCAGAAGAGGUUUAGCGAGUUCCUGAAGCAGUACCUGGGCAUGUCGCCACGCUCCAGUGAGUACGACGGUAUCGGCAACGACCUGAAUGAACAGAAUGAGAUCUAACCAGAAACUCUGCUUCCCCCUCACUGACCCAUAGUGAAUCGGUUUAGACCUGGCCUGGCCAAAAAAGUCAACCCCGUUCCCCGAUCCCAAGAGCCUCUCCUAGGGAUGGUUAAUAAGCCCACCCCUCCUGGAUUCAUUUGCUGCUUAGCGUCGAGGAGAGCAGGGUGGUUGUUUUUAAAGCAGUCGAUAUAUUUAUCAAGCCUAAUAUACUUGCAUGGCACUUUUGCAGACAAAUGCAAGACAACAGCUCCAGCCCUAAAUUUAUGAUCUCAGUUUACUAGAAUGGGGAUUUACCUGGGAGGAAAGAGAGAAGCGGGGCCCAGACAGAUGGCAAAGUGCACCGCUGUAAUCACCGGCAUGAAAAACAGGGGACAAUGUGAACCCUUACAUUGGGUUAACUGGUGUUAUACAAAUCUGGUCUAUGCUAAUCUGGUGUAGAGUUAGCCCUGCAAGAAUCAGAGGAGAAAUUACAUGGAUGCAAUUGCCAUCUGUCCACAGCUUCCCGUGGGUAGCCAUUCACUCAAGGCAACCAGGCUGUUCCCCCACAACCCAAUGGCAAGGUACCAUAAUAGCAUCUAAGAGCAACUCUGCUGGGAUUGCAGGUGUCCGUCCACUCCAGAGCCCAGUGUGAUUUACACACGUAUCCAAAACCAGUGUAAGAUACACGGGCAUAACAUUAUCAUUUGUCCAGAUGCUCAGUUUUGGAGAUUUUUAAUCCAAAUUCAGAGCAGAUUACCAAUAUUUUGGUCCCUUAUCUAUAACUGGCCCCACGAGCUUCCUAGCGCUCCAUUAACUACAGAGACCACAACCAUAGCACUAGGGCCUGGGACUUGCAGGGCUAUUAUUUUGGGUCCCCAUCACCCAAAGGCAAAGCCAGUGGAAGGCCUCACCACUAUCUCACACUGAGUGUUAGCACGUCCCAGCACAAGUACAAUCUCUCAAUUAAUAGGACUGAGGUGUGGAAACCAGUCAUGUCUUCAAUUUGGGCUUUUGCCUUUAAAUUCAAUGCCUUUUCAAACUUAACAGCUCUUCUGCUGUUGCCCAUUUGAAGGAAUGAACUGGGGAGGAUUGUUCAAAUUGUCUUUUAAAUGCCAGUCGUUCUAGUUAAAGGGGCAUCCAUUGAGGCUAAUUACCUGCAAAACCUGGGCAGCGCUGGGGGGCAGGCAUGCAGGUGUUACAGCUGCUAUCUUGGCUGACACGCUGGGAGAAGAGUGGGUGACCUCCCGAAUUAAACUCACGAGCUCUUGCAGCCGAGCUAGAGAGGCAGGGUCACUUCCCGGGGCUGUAGCACACUCACCAGACGUGUAUAGAGGACGACAUGUCACAUGCAUGUCGCUGGGUAAUGCCCACACCGUCCUGUAGUCGGGGGCUAUCCAUGCCCCUAAAACAGGGCUCAUACCCUGGACUGGUCAAGGAUUUCGUACAGUUAAAACUUGGAUCAGUGUUGCAACCACAGCCUCAGUCUUAGCUGCGAGACCCGUAAUCAGGAAGCCAGAGAAAUCCUAGAGAAAUCUCCCCUUGUCACUGGAACCAGGUUCAAUUUUUUAAUGGAUAGUAAAUUUGCCGAAAAAACCAGUGUUUUGGCCGAAAAAGGGGGAGAAUUUUUGAAACGUUUCAUUCCGGCCUUCUCGGAGCAUCCCAGAACGUCUUACGCUGUUGCCAAUUUUGUAAGUGCCAAAAUAUUUCAUUUUUUGACAUUUCUUAAAAAUGAAGCUUUGACUUAUUACAAAACGGCAUUUUUCACUGAAAGGUUCGUGGAAUGAAAAAAGGGUUUUCAAAAAAGAGCGAAAUCACCUAAAAACACAACAUCUAUUUUUGUCUCGGGCCAAACGAGACAUUUCAGGUUAAGGAAAACCAACCUUGCCACCGCCCCCACCCCCAAAUUUUCAGAUUCAGUUCAUUUUAUACUGUUUUUUCUCCCAGUUUGGGGUUUAAACACUGAUGCUUGCUCAUCUAGUUCACUCCACCACCCUCCUGUCUACGGCUCUCCCUCCUCACUGGCAGACGCCCCAAAGCCAACUUUUGUCUUUGCAAUGAAAGCUGCAGGACCACUGCGGAGAUGUUCAUUAAAAACUGGCCACUGCUGGA